AUGUCGUCGAAUCGAAACAGUAGCGACUACGCAGGGGAGUCUUUCGACGAUGCCCCUGAAGCACCCGAACAUUUGAAUGUCUCUAUUCCUAAAUCUUCCUCAACCCGGUCGUUGACUGGUAGCCCGCCGGUCGGCUCAGGAGCUUCUCCUAAAAACACAGAUAAGCCUUCGUUCCCUUCUGAAUCGCAGGACGAGCAGAAGGACGAGAUGACAGACGGAGGUGAAUCGUCCGGAAAGAAGAAAAAUAAGAAGAAGAACAAGAAGAAGGUCAAGCAGGAUGAGGCUCAAUCUGAAGCCGAUGCCGAGGCUGAUUUCGAAGCCGUGGACACUCCUAUCGAGGACGUGAAGCUGGACACUGCGGUGGAGAUGAUUGAAGAGGACAAGCGAGAUCGCAUCAUUACUCCAGUGGACGCUGACGACGCAGGUGAAGGAGAGGAGACCCCAAGGAGAACCAUGGCGCCCAAAUCCCCCUUGCUCACCUCCCACCGGUUAUCUACUGCAUCUUCGCUGGACGAGGUGAACCUGACAACUAGCAAGGACGAUGAGCAUCCUCAUCAGGUCGGUACACCCGAUCUCAAGUCCGAAUCGCCUCCAGUGCCUCCUAAGGAUGAAGUGUCGUCCCCUCCUGGCUCUGGCUUGAUGGGCUUAUCUGGAGCCCUACCCUCCUUGCCAUGGGGACCUCCCCCAGUCAACAAGAACCCUCCCCCCGCCGCACCUCCACCACCUCCGACCCGCAAGCCCAGCGGACCUUUCGCAUGGUUCUCCCGCAGCUCGACUGGCACCAAAGACAUCAAGUCCCCCCUCCGAGUGGCCGAAGAAACACCUCUACCUCGUUUGAAGGACCAGUUCAAGCUUCUGCGAAUGAGGGAAGAGUCUGGUCAUCCCGAGAACGACGCAGGCAGUGUACGAUCGGGUCAUGCAAGCACCAGCCAUGCUGGUGCUAGCCCACCAAUCAUUCCUGAAGAAGGCGAAGAUGGAAUUCUGGUCGCGCCUGCUGCUCCCGCCUCUGGAGCAACCUCCCCUGGAGGCGUCACCCCAUCGACCAUUAACCCGGGUCUUGCUCCUGGUACCGUAUCUGGAUUCUCUCAAUCUGCAACCGACGCAGCUGCACCAGUGGACUGGGAUCUCUGGCAACAGCUGGUCAACAAUGGGCCACAAGCGCUAGCCAGCUCAGAAGAAUUGAACGCCGCUAUCAAGAGGGGAAUUCCGCAGACUAUCCGUGGAGUGAUUUGGCAGAUUCUGGCAGACUGCCGGAUUGGUGAGUUGGAGGAGAUAUACCGCGAACUGGUGACCCGUGGCACAGAUAAGGACCACCGGACGCCGAGUGUCCAGAUCAACGGCAUGGCCGAGAAAGAGUCUAUCCCAUCAUCGCGCUCGUCCAUCCGGUCUAACAUUUCGGGCUCCGGAACACAAUCGGUUAGCGCUACUCCAAGUCCCUCCCAUGAAUCAGACCCGGAGAAAAUGGCGAAAGAGCAGGCGGCUAGUGAAGCCGCCCGCCUGAAGAAGGCCAAGGACGAGGCUUCCGCGCUGUCAAAGCUAGAGAAGACUAUUCGGCGAGACUUGGGGGCUCGGACGAGUUAUUCGAAGUACUUUGUCUCGCAAGGCAGCCAAGAAAGCUUGUUUGGGUUGUGUAAGGCCUAUGCGUUGUAUGAUGAGGCGGUGGGGUAUGCUCAGGGCAUGAAUUUCAUCGUCAUGCCUCUGUUGUUCAACAUGGACGAGGCCGAUGCUUUUGAGCUACUUGUCAAACUUAUGAACAAGUAUCGACUCCGUGAAAUGUUCAUUUCCGAAAUGCCUGGUCUCCACCGCAGCCUUUACCAGUUCGAGCGACUAUUGGAAGAUUUGGAGCCCGCUCUCUACUGCCACCUCCGGCGACGUGGAGUUCCCCCACAAUUGUAUGCAACACAAUGGUUCUUGACUCUCUUCGCCUACCGCUUCCCGCUGCAGCUAGUUCUCCGGAUCUACGAUUUGAUCUUUGAGGAAGGCCUGGAGGUCACAAUCCUCAAGUUCUCCAUUGCCAUCAUGCGUCGCAACGCGGAGGCACUGUUGGAGAUGAAGGACAUGAGUGUGUUGACGACAUUCCUUAAGGAGCGUCUUUUUGAUGCAUACAUCGACAAGCAGCCCUCUGCCUCUUCCAUUCUAGAGUCUGGCUUCUUUGGAAGCUCUGGUGCUGCUGACAAGGAGACCUACCGCGCGGACCUCAUGGUGCAAGAUGCCUGUGCCGUGCCUCUCACGCAGGAGGUGAUCAACUCUUACACUACUGAGUGGGAAGACAAAGUUCGCACCGAGAAAGAGCGUGAAGCUGAGCUGGAGAACCUUCGUCACACCGUCAGCACACAAGCUGCCCGACUACGACUUUUGGAGGAGCGCUCCGAGGCGUCGGAUAAGGAGCAUGUGCAGCUGGCCUCGGAAUUGGUCCACGCCAAAGUGGAAAAUGAGGAGCUGCGUGACUUGAACGACGCGCUGAAUUUGCAGGUCGAGCAGCUGAAGAACGUGGUCGAUAAGCAGCCUGGUGAGGUGGAGGAGAAGUUGCGGGUCGAGAUGGACCGUAUCAUGAAGCGAAACAUUGAGGUACAGAACGAGAACCGUGCGAUGGAGGACUCGAUGGCGGAGAUGGAGAAGGAGUUGGUAGCUACGAAGAUGAAGUGGGCCGAGAUCUCCGAAGAACACGAUACCCUUCGACAGAAAUGGAGUGAUCUUCGUCGAGCCCUCGACUAA